CACUGCACCGGUAUCGUGCCCAUGGGGGCUGGCCGGCGCGCGCAUUAACCCGCUACCUCCUCAACCAGCCUGCGGCCAUUAAUCUCCCCCUCCAUCCAUCCUCUUCCCUGCUCCAUUGAUCUCCCCGUAUAAAUCCCCGCGCCCCGCGCCGCGAACUCCCACACACCAGAGCCAGCCAGCGCCCACCUCGCAGAGCCGUGGCAGCCUCGGCAAACCCUGUAGCUUCCAUAGCUGGCUAGCGAGCUCACACGAAUCGGUGGUCUGUCUGCAGAACCGUGGUGGCUCGGGGUUCCAUUCACGAGGUACGUGCGAGCCAGCGUCCUUGUGGAGGUAGAGAGACCGGCGGUUCGAUCGCCAUGGACAGGGAUCUGUUCCGGACGGUGAAGCAGGGGACGCGGAACCAGGCCAGGCUCCUGUACCACCGCCUGGUGUGCCGCCUGCCGCACCUCCUCGCCGUCACGCUGCUCCUCGUCGUGGCCCCGCCGCUGGUGUCCACGCUGUCGCUCGCCGCGCUCUGGAGCGAGGCGCGCGCCAACGCGGCCGUGCUGGUGGCCGCGUGCGCGGGCUGCGCCGCCGCGGCGUAUGCCUACGCCACGUCGCGGCCGCGGCCCGUGUACCUGGUGGACCUGGCCGGGUACAAGCCCGGGCCGGCGCACGAGGCGACGCGCGCGCAGGCCAUCCGCCAGUUCGGGCUCGCCGGCGGGUUCGACGACGACAGCAUGUCGUUCCAGAAGCGGAUGAUGGAGCGGUCGGGGCUCGGGGAGGCCACGCACUUCCCGGCGUCGCUGAUGAGCAUCCCAGUGGACAUGUGCCUCCAGACGGCGAGGGACGAGUCGGAGGCCGUCGUGUUCGGCGUCGUGGACAAGCUGCUGGCCAAGACCGGCGUGCGCGCGGAGGACAUCGGCAUCGUCAUCGCCAACUCCAGCCUCUACAGCCCCACGCCGUCCUUCGUGUCGCUGAUCGUGAACCGGUACCGCCUCCGCCACGACGUCGUCAGCCACAACCUCAGCGGCAUGGGCUGCAGCGCCGGCAUCAUCGCCAUCGACCUCGCCAAGCACCUCCUUCAGGUGCACCCGGACACGUACGCGCUGGUGGUGAGCACGGAGAACAUCACGCUCAACGCCUACCUCGGCAACAACCGCCCCAUGCUGGUCACCAACACGCUCUUCCGGGUGGGCGGCGCGGCGGUGCUGCUCUCCAACCGCCGCCAGGAGCGGGCGCGCGCCAAGUACCAGCUCAUCCACACCGUGCGCACGCACCGGGGCGCCAGCGACCGGAGCUACGGCUGCGUGACGCAGGAGGAGGACGACGCGGGGCACGUCGGCGUCUCGCUCUCCAAGGAGCUCAUGUCCGUGGCCGGCGAGGCGCUGCGCACCAACAUCACCACGCUGGGGCCGCUCGUGCUCCCGCUCUCGGAGCAGCUCCGCUUCCUCGCCACCGUCGUGCUCAAGCGCGUCUUCCGCGCCGACGUCAAGCCGCACAUCCCGGACUUCACGCUCGCGCUCGAUCACUUCUGCAUCCACGCCGGCGGGCGCGGCGUGCUGGACGAGCUGGAGCGCAGCCUCAAGCUCAGCGCCUGGCACAUGGAGCCGUCCCGGAUGACGCUCUACCGCUUCGGCAACACCUCCAGCAGCUCGCUCUGGUACGAGCUCGCCUACUGCGAGGCCAAGGGCAGGAUCAAGAAGGGCGACCGGGUGUGGCAGAUCGCCUUCGGCUCCGGCUUCAAGUGCAACAGCGCCGUCUGGAAGGCGCUCAGGGCGGUCGACGCCGUCGCCGUCGGGGACGCCGGCAGCCCCUGGGCGCAGGACGUCGACGUGCUGCCGGUGCACGUGCCCAAGGUGGUGCCCAUCGACGACGACCAGGCGUCCUACAAGACGGCCGCCUAGUUUCUUUCUCAUCCUCGAAGAAUCGAAGCGUGCGUGCGUGCACCUGUGAUCGUCUCUAGCUUGUGUCGCUGCUGGCCGGGCCUACUAUAUACUGAAGGGCAAUUCUUCUUAUACUACCGUGUAAAUCAAUAUGAACCGACGAAUGAACUGGAGAAUUAAUAUUCCUUGA